ACCAUGCCGUCCCUGAUCGAACGCCUACCGCAAGAGCUCCAGAGGCUCGUCUUCUCUCACCUCGACUACCAAACACUCAUCCACCUGUCCACCAUGAACCGAUACUUCCAUCAGACCAUCGAUCCCCGGGCGAUGGCGGAUCCCGCAGACAAGGCCCAGUUCGUCAUGAGGGCCGCCAAAGACUUUCCGCAGCACCGCCCCAGCGAAAAGGGGCACGACUACAAGCCGGGCAACUUUGAGUGCUACGUCUGCUUCCGCGUGCGAUCGCCCGAGCACUUUGACAUGCUGCAGCCCCUGUCCGUCUACGUCGACGUCCAUGGGCACAUUGUCCGUGAUCGAGAGCCGGACCCGCGGUCGGAUCGACUCGUCAUGCUUCGGAGGUUCUGCAUCUCGUGCGGCGUGGACACGGGGAUUCACGCCCCCUUCGACUGCCUUACUACAAGGACGGGGCGGGACCUCUGGGUUUGCAGAUGCAGGAAGGUGUGGUCUAAGCCGGGCUGCCUGCGGUGUCCUGACUGUCAGGGAGACUGUCCGCUUCGCCCGAGGAGGAAG